GGUUAUUGAAAAGAAAAGCCCUCUCGUCGAGUAGGGGUUUUCAAUUCCAAAGCUGGUCCUGUCUGUAUAUGGUGUUGGCGUUGGCAUUGGGACGCUCAUCACACCCAAACAAAACCCACCUUGAGGACCAAUUUCAUUUCUCACUUAUCAACAAAAACAAAACACCUCAAAAUGCAAACACGCUCACUCUGAGAGAAUAAUUCCACUGCUCCUUUCCAUAUCACCACUCAAAUGCUACUCUCACUCUCUCAGACCCCUUCAGUUUUGCAGGUAUAGGACGAAGGAAUUUCGAGCGAAUUGCAACAUUCACGUAUUGAAUUUACUGCUGCUAGUUUUUUCGUGAAUUUUUCAGAAGCCGCUAUUUCAGUACUGUGAAAAUGGCUACCUAUUAUGCACCUUCGAAUGCUAGAAAUUCAGCGGGGGUGCUGGCUGUUGUUGGAGGAAGAACAAUUUCUGAGAAUCACGGUGGCAGAUUGUUCUCUUUGAAAAUUCAAGAGAGCAAGUACGUGUUUGGCAGUAGUAGAAAGUGUGGUUCGAUUCAAGUGAAGUGCUCCACGAAUUCCCAUAGUAUAAGUCGCAAAGAUCCUUUUCUGGAUCUGCACCCUGAGGUUUCAAUGCUUAGAGGAGAAGGAGGGAGUGCAUUGAACAACCCUAGACCUAGAAAGGAUGUAUCAGGUGGAAAGGUUGCUGAAAGCUUAGAAGCCACCAUGAAUCCAAGUAACUACAAUGAAGCUAAGAUCAAAGUCAUUGGUGUGGGUGGAGGUGGGUCAAAUGCAGUCAAUCGUAUGAUAGAGAGUUCCAUGAAUGGUGUUGAGUUCUGGAUUGUUAAUACUGAUAUUCAGGCCAUGAGAAUGUCGCCAGUCAUUCCUCAGAACCGGUUGCAAAUCGGUGAGGAGCUUACGCGAGGUCUUGGCGCUGGUGGUAACCCUGAGAUUGGUAUGAAUGCUGCCAAGGAAAGCAAGGAAUCAAUACAGGAGGCAGUUUAUGGAGCUGAUAUGGUCUUUGUCACUGCCGGAAUGGGUGGAGGAACUGGCACCGGUGGAGCUCCAGUUAUUGCUGGUAUCACAAAGUCAAUGGGUAUACUGACUGUUGGUAUUGUCACAACUCCCUUUUCUUUUGAAGGACGAAGACGGGCAGUUCAAGCACAAGAAGGAAUUGCAGCCUUAAGAGAUAAUGUUGAUACACUGAUAGUUAUUCCAAAUGAUAAACUGCUGACUGCAGUUUCUCAAUCUACCCCUGUAACUGAAGCAUUCAAUCUGGCUGAUGAUAUUCUUCGACAAGGUGUACGUGGUAUAUCUGAUAUUAUUACGAUACCAGGAUUGGUGAAUGUCGACUUUGCUGAUGUUCGAGCUAUAAUGGCCAAUGCAGGUUCUUCACUUAUGGGGAUAGGAACUGCAACUGGGAAAACAAGGGCAAGAGAUGCUGCAUUAAAUGCCAUCCAGUCACCUUUACUAGAUAUUGGCAUAGAAAGGGCAACUGGAAUCGUAUGGAACAUAACUGGUGGAAGUGAUUUGACCUUGUUUGAGGUGAAUGCUGCAGCUGAAGUUAUAUAUGAUCUUGUGGAUCCCACUGCUAAUUUGAUAUUUGGAGCAGUAAUUGAUCCAUCACUCAGUGGUCAAGUAAGCAUAACACUAAUUGCAACUGGAUUCAAGCGUCAAGAGGAAAGUGAAGGGAGGCCUACACAGGGCAGUCAACUCAUACAAGGAGAAACCAUUGGUAUCAAUAGGCGGUCUUCCUCUUUCACUGAUGGUGGUUUUGUUGAGAUCCCUGAGUUCUUAAAGAAGAAGGGGCGCUCACGUUAUCCAAGAGUUUAAUAACCUUUCUCUCAAGUUCUUUAAUCCCUCGCAUCUCUUUACCAGACAAAUUUUAGAGAUUCAAAUCUCAUCAGUUUAGGCAUUAGGUCCUGUUUUGCCCUCUUUUACAUUUUUAGGUCCGUUUUGUGUAUACAGUGUUCAGGAAAGCAAAGCACUUUCCAAACCGUUGUGUUGAGUUGAGGCUUGUUGGCAUCUUCUAAUAAGUUUAUUAGUUUGUAUUUUUGUACAGAGAAUAUAUCAGUAUGGUCAGGGCAUGUUAGUGUUACCAGCAACUCAAGAUUAAAUUCGUGUACAUGAAAGUUCUUGGUUCCGAAGACAAAACCGAGAACGUUUCACAUUC